AUGCCAACACAUGUUUAUAAUCCAAAUGUAAAUAUAGUUGAAUCUAAAAUAGCUCACGAUGAUACAUCUUUAUAUGCCUAUUAUCGUGUAGUUGAUGGUGGAGUUAUUGGUAAGACUUCUGUUGGAUUAAAUGAAUUUGAUAAAAAUAAUCCGUCAGAAUCGUCAGCUGGAAGAUAUUAUGUAAUAACAGCAAUUGAUAUUGACAAUAAUAAUACAACAGGUUAUUGUUAUUCUCGAAGUGAAAAAGGUAAUGAAUUUGAAAUGCGAGCACCAUUCGAAGGAUUCUUACUUAACAAAGAUACCGGUCGACCAACUCUACAAUUACGGAUGACAAUAAAGAUAUCAUUAUCAUUAGAAACAACUGAAGAAGAUUCGAUACCACGAGAUUGGUCCUCGGAUACAGCUGUGACAAUUCAGUAUACAUUGUCUAAUAGUACUGCAUAA